AUGACCAUCACUCUCCAUCGUUCAGCGUUUUUCGAGGCUAUCCUCAAGCAUGAGGGGUCUUCGGUCGCUGUAGUGGACAACGAGUCUGGCGCAAGCUACUCAUACAGUUCAUUGCUUAAUAGCGUUGCGCGCGCCAAAGAGCAGUUACUGGCUAAGACGGGGAAAUGCGACGCUAGUAUUUCUGGCGAGAGAAUUGCCUUCUUGGUGGAGAGUGGCUAUGAAUAUGUUGGUAUGUCUUCCAGUGUUACACUCACAACCUCAGCACCACAGUAUCAUGAAUCCAGCACUAACCAGAUGACUGCUACUGUAGUGACAUUGUUGACCAUCCUCGCUUGUAAUGCCAUUGCUGUGCCACUGGCCCCUUCUUUCCCUGCGCCUGAACUAAGAUACAUCAUCAACAACAGCGAGGCCCUCGCUCUCAUCUCUUCAGCCAAGUAUGUUUCCGAGGCCAAGGAAGUACUCGCGGAGCCCUUGGACAGCACCCCCUUGUUCUGCCAAGUUGAUGGAAUGCGAAGUAUCUCUAAGAUUGAGGAAGAAGUCAGGUUGCGUGACUUCUCAGAUGAGCCUCGCGGCGGCAUGAUGCUUUUCACCUCAGGAACAACCGCGCGACCCAAGGGCGUCGUUCUGUCCCAGACAAAUCUCACAGCUCAAGCAAAGUGUCUUUUAGAAGCAUGGAAAUAUGCUCCCAGCGAUAGACUCUUACAUGUCUUGCCACUUCACCACAUCCACGGCACUGUCAACGCCCUUCUCACACCGCUGCUGGCAGGGAGUAGCAUUGAGUUCAUGUACCCGUUUAACGUCAACUCUGUCUGGAAACGACUGGCUGCACCCUUCUUGGAGACCAAACAAGUAAACGGCCAAAGUGAAAAGACCAAUGGUGUUGAGAAAGAUGAGACAAAAGUGCCCAUCACUUUCUUCACCGCCGUUCCCACGAUCUGGUCACGAAUGCUGAAAGCACACGAAUCUUUAUCGCACGACAUGCAAGCGGCCGGCAAAAUAGCGGUGUCGCCAAACAUCCUUCGACUCAACAUAUCCGGCUCAGCAGCUCUCCCGAAGCCAAUCCGCGAUGGAUGGAUGCAACUCACUGGCGGAAACGUACUUCUUGAGCGUUAUGGAAUGACCGAAGUCGGAAUGGCGCUCUCUUGUGGCCUUGAGACUGCCGAUCGCGUAGACGGUUCUGUAGGCUGGCCGCUGCCGUCCGUUGAGGCGCGGCUCAUGGAAACUGACGACGAGACAGGAGUCCAAAGAAUCAUUGAGCAUGGCGCUGAGAUAGACGCUCACUCUGGAAAAGAGCGCAUUGGAGAGAUCCAGCUUCGUGGGCCCACUGUGUUCACUGGAUAUUGGCGCAACCCCGAAGCCACUGCCAAGGAGUUUACGACUGAUGGAUGGUUCAAGACCGGCGAUAUUGCCAUUCGAAGAAAAGUCCCUGAAUCUGGUCUAGGGAAAUCAGGCUCCUGGGCAAAAGGACCAGCGUACUUCAUCCAAGGCCGUCGCAGCGCAGAUAUCAUCAAGACGGGCGGCGAGAAGGUUUCAGCCCUCGAGGUCGAGCGCGAGAUCCUCGCCCUUCCCGAAGUCGACGAGUGCGCCGUCGUUGGUCUACCAUCUGAGACAUGGGGACAGAAAGCCGCCGCUGUGAUUGUUCUCAGCAGCAAGGCUCGUGGAUCGAUGAGUCUACAGAGUCUGAGGAGUGCGCUGAAGGCGAGGAUCACGGCGUACAAGAUUCCCCAGGAUUUGGAAAUUGUUGAGAUCUUGCCACGGAAUGCUAUGGGGAAGAUUAAUAAGAAGGAAUUGGUCAAGAGUGUUUUUGGAGAGGUUGAGAACAUCAGGAGAAGAAGUAUUGAUCUUCAAACAAAGCGGCCUGUUUUGAAUGGGCAGCGCGGUUAG